AUGGACGUGUGUGCCCGCCCUGGAGGCUCUGAGGAGGAAGGAGAGCGCCCAGCCUGGCGCCUGCGGAGGACCACUGACCCUCACCCAGCCAACCCAGGAAGCCGGGCCGGCUUCACGCGGCUCCCCUCCACCUCCCCAUCUCAACACGCGUCCCCGCAGCUGCGCCGCGUUCUGGCGGCCAAGCGGGUGGCCAAACUGCACCCCAGGCUGCGAGGGGACCUGGAGCUGGAGAGCGGUCCAGGGCAAGGGAGCCACUGGGCGCGAUGGCAGCGGGAGGACGGGAAAGCCGGCCCUCCGACCCUCCACGGUGUCCACCCCAAGUGCAGGGCCAGCUCCAGGGAACGCCAGGAGAACACUCGCGUGCGCCAGAGCCCUUCGGCGACCCUGCCCACUGGCGCCCGGGCGGCUCUGGGGGAGGAGGGGUCCCGAGCGUUCCAGGGCCGGCGGCCUGCUGGACUCCGCAGCCCGGGCGGCGGCGCAGAGGCCGUCCCGAUGCCAGGGCGGCCGGAGGCUGGGAGCGCACAAGUUGCGCCGCCCCGCUGGAGCUGGGCGCCCGGGCGGGGGGCGCCAGCUGCCGCCGGGCGGGGCCGGGAGUCCCCCCCCCCCCGCCCCGGUCCAGCCGACCGGCCGCCCCUCCGGCCCCGCUGCCCUCCCGCUGCCCGCUCCAAGUCGGCGGCCCGCCGCGGCCCGCGAGCUGCCCGCCGCCCUCGCCCGCUCCGCGCCCAGCCGGCCCGGGGAAAAGUUGCCCGGCCCACCCGCUCGCGGCCCCGCGCCCCAACUCCGCGCGGGCCGGCCGGGGGGCGCGGGGCCGGGCGGGGCGGGCCGGGGGCCCCCGCGCGCGCCGGGGACGCGCCCCGCCGCCGCCCGCGAUCACUCACCGAGCGGCAGGAAAUGUUUGGUGUCCAUGUCUGCGGCGACCUCGCGGCGGCCCCCGGCGCGGCCGGCCGGGCCCGGGCGGCGGGAGCCGGCGGCGGCGGCGGCGGCGGCGGCGCGCGGAGGCCGCGGCGCGGCGAGUUGUUGCAAAAGUCGCCCAACAAUGUAAACUACUUGUGCCGCGCGCCCCCGCCGCGCGCGCGCGCCCGCCCGCCCGCGCCCCCGCCGCGCGCGCCCGCGCCCCGCUCCGACCGCGGCGGCGCCGGCGGGGGGGCGGCGGGGGGCCCGCGACGGGCGCGGACUCGGCGCAGCGCCGCCACCCGCCCGCCCGGCCUGCGCGCGCGCCCAGCCCCGCCCGCCCGGAGCGCGCCCCCCGCCGGCCCCCCGCGUCCCCCCCGCCCUGCCGGAUCGCAGCCCCCCCGCGCCUCCCCGCCGCCCGGAGCGCGCCCGCCGCCCCCUGCGCGCGCGCCCAGCCCCGCCCGCCCGGAGCGCACCCCCCUCCGCACCCCCCCCCCCCCCCGGCGUCCGGAGCGCGCCCCUUUCCCCCGCGCUGCCCGCCCCGCCGCCGAGUUGCAGGCGAGCGAGCGCGCCCCCGUCUUCGGGCCUGUCUCCAUUGCCCCUGGCACGGCCUUCCCUCUGUGCACCAUCAGUGGCCCGUCUGAACUGCGUUCUCCCAGCCUGUCCUCCCGACCUGAGUCAGACCUCACCUCUGCCACCGGAGAUGAAGAGGCCCUCGCCACUUGGGAGAGGAGACCACCCAGUACCAUGGCGCCCACUUCUUGGCUGGGCACCCCCAACAACUCCUGGGCAGUGGGCACUGCUAGCCCCCCUGACAGGAGGACAGCCAAGGCCGGGAAAGAUGACAGCGUGGAGCACCGUCACUCUGCAGCGAGGAGGAAGCCGGCGUUUGAACCCGAGCCCUGUCCUGGGGGCGCCUGGGCCAGCGAGGGUGUGGACCCGCACAGGCCCCAGGGCCCCAGUGGCCUGUGGGGCAGCACUGCCUUCGCGCCACAUCCUGUGCGACAGCCAGCCACGCUCUGCUGA